GAUGGAAGAACAAUUCAGUAAAAUAACCACCAUUACUUGCAGACCUCCUGAAAUGAUUGAUGUGUUUAAACGGCAAAUCAUAGAUUUCAAAGUUGAUAUUUGGCAAUUAGGAUGCAUCCUAUAUCGUUUAUGUUUUAGAAAGUCUCCAUUUUAAGAUAUCAAUAAAGUCUCCAUUGCACAAGCUGAGUUUGAAAUACCACAAUCGUAAUUGUCGCAGAAGACUUUGUCUUUGAUUUAGAAGAUGUUACAAUAGGAUCCAAAAAAGAGACCCAAUCUUAAAGAAUUGAAAUUAUUCCUUUAUAGUAGAGAGGCUGAUGAUGGCGAUGGUUUUUAAUGA